AGAAACGAGAAAAGACAGAGGUAGCAAGUAGGUAACGUUAGCCUACAUGAAAUUAUUUGUCUGUUACAGAAUGUGAUAGUAACCUGGCUUUUUAGCAUUAAGCUAAUGUUACAUGAGUCGGCAAUUGCUAAUCAAUAAAUAGCUAGUUCUGUUUUAACGUCGGGUUAAUAUUGUGGAGGGGGCUAAAUUGUUAUGGAAAAUAAUAAUGUAACGUUAGGUAAUUACAGUACUCCCACCUACAUUCCUCUGGGACAUUUGUAUUAGAUAUUUUAAGCAGGUGUUUUUUGUUUACAUUGUUAUUGCCUUCUGGUUAGCUAAUGUUUGCCCUGCAGGUAAUAGUCACUUUUCCACCCCUUUAUAUAUUAGGUAUAGUUGUAAGUAAAAAAAAAAAGGUCAAAGACAAAGCUAUUCGGUUUCUUGUGAGUAUAUACACUUCACUGCCGAUGUGGGGGGGCGCCACCUAAAAUCUUGCCUAGGGCGCCAGAUUGGUUAGGGCCGGGCCUGCUCAAGAUACAUGUAAAAUACAACUUUUGCUUCAUAAUUUCAUAAUUUGAAGCUUUUUUAAACGUAACUAGACGCCCUUGGUCCUCCUUUCUUCUACGGUGUUUUACUUGCAUGCUCAAGUCCAGAAAAACUGCUUUCGGGUAAAAUUGUUAUAUGCCCCGCCCCUCACGCUAAAACGCUGCCAUUAUUUUCAUACCGUAGAGAAAAAGAAGCGAAACUGGGAAAAAAAGAAACGAAAUCGUAAACAAGAGAAGCGAUCAUAACAACAUUUGAUACAAACACAAAUAAUAAAAUUGUACAAAAAAUAUUAAUCGAAAACAUCCACCAAAAAUAUUGUAUUUUUUUCAAUGUUUGUAUUUAUUUGUUUGGCGUACGCAGUUUGAGAAUCCCUGCUGUAGGGCAUAGAUAUACGGUAAAGUUGGUACUUACUUCUGUUAUAGUGUAAUAAGGAUAGUAUUGUUAAUACAGAUCAAUAUAUUGUACUUAAAGGUCCAGAUCAAUUAAUGAUGUUUCCCUUUAACUUGUUGAUCAUCAUUAUAAUCAGACAAAUGCAAUUAUUUUCGGUGACAUUUUUUAAAAUGACAUACAAAUAUAGUUAAACAAAAACAAAUCUUUAAAUGUGUUGCCUCCAAAGCCCCACUGACCAGUAAUAUCACAAACGUGUCAACACAACAAAAACACAAUUAUUUCCCCAAACAACGAGCGAGGAUAGCAGUCUCAUCACGGUAGUAUCGAUCCGUUACUGAUACUACCUUUAAUAUCGACGCGGUUGGUGUGUGGAUCGUAUUUGAUGCAGCGACUGAGCUAAGUUUUUGAGGUGUCCAGAUUUUACUUAUAAUUUAUUUUUUGUGUGGGUGUAUCUCAUUUUUGCUAUUUUUUAUAGCAAGUUCACUCAAGUUGGGAUGGCUGUUAUGUAUUUUUUUUACUAUUAGUACGUGACUGCUGAACUAAAGUGACACAUCCGGUUGCUAGCCGAGCGAGCUUAUUGCUAAGAUCGUGAAGGGACAGUUAUACUUCAUGAAAAUGUCCACUAUCAUGUCUGAUCUAUCGUGACUUAUCUCUUCUUUGGAUGUUUUAUAUCCUACCUGAGACUUGGCCAAUUUGUCAGUCCUCAUAACCUUCAAAUGACUGUGCCUGUACUUUUCACAACCUGUAAUUCAAUCAGUCUAGAUUACUGUAAUACUACGGUUUGCACUAUCUACCCAUGCUUAUCUAAUGACCCAAAAAGGUUUAACUUGGUUACCUUAUAAAGUGGGAGCUCAAGGAAGGCUGGAAGACCUGACAUACUGUGUUACUGUCAACACAUAGGGGCCAUCCAAGCUGUAGGUUGGCCAGAACUUGAAAAUGACCAGCCUGUUUAGGCGCAGCAAUAGUAAUGGAGGAUCCAGAAGUAGUGGUGGUGGCAAUGAAGAACAUGGUGAGCUUAAUAACAGCAGGCCCAACCGACAGGUCCGCCGCCUGGAGUUCAACCAGGCAAUGCAGGACUUUAAGACUAUGUUUCCAACAAUGGACUAUGAAGUAAUCGAGUGUGUGCUACGUUCCAACAACGGAGCUGUGGAUGCAACUAUUGAUCAGCUUCUACAGAUGAGCAUUGAUGGACAACUUUCAAAUGACAGCUCAGACUCUGAUGACAGCAUCCCACCAGAGAUUCUGGAGAGGACUCUUGAACCCGACAGUUCAGAUGAGGAACCACCUCCAAUCUACUCCCCACCCACAUAUGAUGCCCACAUUUAUGACAGAAAAUAUCCAGAAGCCACACCAACACCUCCACCAAGAUUUGAAGCCCAGUCGCCUUCAGGUCACAAAGAAGUCAGACAUUUCAGAAACUGGAACCCUCCUUUGCUCGGUAAUCUCCCAGAUGAAUUCUUGAGGAUCCUGCCUCAACAACUACAAAGUAUAAAGCAGAGUACUCGGGGCCAUCUCUCCCAGCCUGGUUCAUCAUCCUCAUCUUCAGUCGCAAUCAACCACUGGACGGGCCAGUCAAGUUCUCAGUCUGGAGCUGCAAGUACCACUGGUGGCCUCGGUCUCACAGCAGGAGCUACAGAGCAAGACAAGAAACUAAAGCAGUAUCUGGAAGAUGAGCGCAUUGCCCUAUUCCUACAGAAUGAGGAGUUCAUGAGAGAGUUGCAGCGAAACAGGGACUUUCUUGUUGCCUUAGAGAGAGAUCGCUUGAAGUACGAAUCAAAACAAAUCAAGCUUGGAUCAUCGAGCUUGGAAAAUUGCACAGGAGAACCAUUAUCUGCACCUUCAUUGGAGGCUGUGUCAGACGAUGCACUGUUUAGAGACAAACUCAAACAUAUGGGCAAAUCCACAAGAAAGAAGCUGUUUGAAAUUGCCAAAACCUUCUCUGAGAAGACCAAAAGAAGAAAGUCAAAAAGGAGAAUGCUUCUAAAGCACCAUUCAUUGGGGACCGCUAAUUCCACAGCCAAUCUCCUUGACGAUGUUGAAGGAAACUCGUGUGAGGAAGAAUGUCAAUCAAGAAGAGCAGUCACUCAAUCGGAGAAUGAACAGCAAAGCGAGCCUGACUCAUGAUCCUGCCAUACGCCAUUCUAACAUGGUUACCUUGGUGACAGCUGAAUGACCAUUGGUGAUGGCCUUGAAGUCUUCACCCAAAUACCAGCCAAUGUAAAGCUCAACAUUUUGUUAGGAACCCCUUCCUUCCAUUCAAAGGACAGGAAGUGGAGUCUUCUUCUUUAGGUGGACUGUCAAUACAUUGUUAUGAUUACAACAUUUAUGUAUUAUAAUUGUCAAUUUACCAUUUUAAUUGUAAAGGAAAAUAUAUUCCUGUAGUCAUGACUUACUUUUUUUUUUAAUAAUCUGCUUCCUCCAUACUUGCCAACCCUCCCGAUUUUUCUGGGAGACUCCCGAAUUUCAGUACCCCUCCCGAAAAUCUCCCGGGGCAACCAUUCUCCCGAAUUUCUCCCGAUUUUCACCCGGACAACAAUAUUAAGGGCGUGCCGUGAUGGCACUGCCUUUAGCGUCCUCUACUGUGGACGCGUCCGUUUUUUCACCAUACAAACAGCGUGCCGGCCCAGUCACGUGUUGUAUACGGCUUCUGAAUGCACACAAAAGUGACUGCAAGACAUACUUGAUCAACAACCAUACAGGUCACACUGAGGGUGGCCGUAUAAAUAACUUUAACACUGUUACAAAUAUGCGCCACACUGUGAACCCACACCAAACAAGAAUGACAAACACAUUUCGGGAGAACAUUUGCGCCGUAACACAACAUAAACACAACAGAACAAAUACCCAGAAUCCCUUGCAUCCCUAACUCUUCCGGGCUACACGCCGCCCACCUCAACCCCCCCACUCCCCCCAUCUCCCGAAUUCGAAGGUCUCAAGGUUGGCAAGUAUGGCUUCCUCAAAACCUCUUUUUCGGGGUGCAGUAGCACUAGCUAUGACUGUACUUUGGUUAUUUUUUCCAGUUGUGUACAGUAGCAUUAUUGAGUGUUUUAGACUAAGCAUCCUCAGGUAAGGCAUUAUAAAUCCAGAACCAUGGAGAGUGCCCAUUUCUAUAUCCUAAACCAGUGGUUUUCAAAGUGUAAGGUGGACCUCCCUGAGGUUGUGCUGUGCAUCAGGUUGACAAAAUAAAUACAAGUAUCAUUUUAAACUUGCUAACCUAAUGGAUAAGUUGUUGUUUUUACAGUAAGAUAAGUGCAUUCUUGGAAAGCAGAAAAAAACUGUAUUUUUUAUGUCAGUGUUGUCUGUCAAGACUGACUUAAAUUACCACAUUGUGUUUCAUGUCCUCCAGGCAAUUCACAUGGUCCCAAACUUGAAAAUCUAUGUAGUAAACCGUGUAAGGAUUUUAGUUUUUGUUUUGUUCCCCUUAUUGUAUUUCUUGUUUCAACAUUUGUGGGUCCAGAACUAUAUUUUUCAUGUAUCAGAUUGUUGUGACCGCUGAAGCUGAAACCGGCUAGAAGUAAAUCCUAAACCUUGGCAACAAGUUUAGUGGUGGAUUGCAAACUGAACAAGCAUCUUCGAAGCGGUUGAAAAAUUAGGGAUGGCUCGAUAUCCAUAUUGCAACAUAGAAUAUGCCGAUUACGAUAUGUUUCUCCUUUCUUGUUAUAUAAAUAGAUUUGUAUGCAUGUACAGUACUUUUUUUUAAAUAGACAUUUCUAUAAUCAAACUGCAACAAAUAUUCUGCUCCUCUGAAGAAAAACAAAUUAUUGAAAAUGAAACUCAAAUUUUUAAGUUUUAAUAAAGCGCUGCAUAGUUAAGGGAGACAUCUUUCAAUAGCGUUUUUACAUGGGCACCAGGUGCAGCAGCACCUUUCAAAAUAACAUUGAAGUGGGAUUUUGUAAUUACAAUUUCAGUGUACAAUGAUACUCCACACUUCACUGUGGUGUAUACCUUAAUGACAGCAAAAAAAAAAAAAAAUAGAUACAACUUAACGUACCAUAUAUUUAACAUUAAUAUUAUAUUUGGGGCUUUUAAAAUCAGAUUGGAGGGGAUAUCAAAUGCAGUAAAAUUGAUUAUACCAACCCAGAGUAUCGGAUUGGACCAUCCCGAGUUGAAAUGUAUCCUGUUGAUUGUUUUUCUGAUGGUUUGUUUGGAAAGCAAUAUUGUAGCCUAACUUACAAUUAAAGCUAGUGAAUAGUUUUUUCUGUUGGUUUGUU